UUUUUUUUUUUUUUUUUUGUGAAUUGCAGAAUUACUCCUAAUGACACCUCGAUCCGGAUCAGGAUCCGGAUCAGGAUCACCGCUCGGAGGCUGCUGCUGAUCUUCAUCAUCAUCUUUUGUUACCGCGAUAUGAUUUACAGCAGCUGCCGCGCGCACGCACACACGCGCAGGGAUCAUCAGAAUAAUUGAGAUUAAAAAUCAGACACAUGGACACAAACAGGCAGCUUCAGGGUUUGGGACAUUCACCUUACGUAACCUAGAAACGCAUCAGAGCCGCUCAUGUGUUUUUAUUGAACACGCACGCUGCUGCAGGUUUAGAUGAGGGCUCGUGUGCGGGGAUUUCAUUGGGCGAUGCGGUACCUGGAGGCUGUUAAUGCGGCUGUCGUGUUGUAAACAAAAAUAUGUCAGCGGGACCGGAGAGGGAGCCUCUCCGCCGGCUUCCCGCACCGUGAGGACGCAGCGAUGCUGCCCCAGCAGAGGGAGGACCCGUCUCCGUCCCGCCGACUCGGCCUGGCAUCCUUCCGCCGACUCCAGACACUGAAGCCCGGCCACGACUUCCCAUGAGGCCACCACCAGAACUCAGCUCGACCGCUCUGUAUGGGGCCUCUCACAUAUGAAUUGACAUGGAGGAUGAAGAUGGGACUUGUCUACUUGAUGUUUUGUGUGACCCCCAAGCCCUGAACGACUUCCUUCAUGGGACCAAUGAGCUGCAGACUGAAGACCUGCUCAUUAACUCCUCCUCUGGGGAGCCCUCCCUCUUCACAGAUGCCCCGAGCCCCGUCUCUCUGCUCGGAGAUGGCAGGGAUUCCCCAGACACGCCUCCACCUGGGUGUGUGGAUCUGUCCUUCCUGGAGGAGGCCCUCCUGUCAUCGCCGGAGGGCGGGGAAGACCCACAGGUGGUGCAGGGUGGGACGCCUGUGGAGGCCGGAUUCGAGGCGAAGAAGGGAGACGUGGAGGAGGCGGAGGAGGCAGAGGUGGCGUGUGAUAUCCUCCAGCAGAGCCUGCAGGAGGCUGAGAUCACGGAGCAAACCAUGGCUCUGGAGGCAGGUCUGGCCCAACCUGGAGACAGCCUGUCCCUGUACUCACCUGCCCCUCUCCUCUCUCCACCCACCGUACCAUUCGUACCCAAGUCUGUGACCUUGCCCGUCACCCCGACGUUGCCCAGAGACACCCAGGCAGCAGUGGAGCCUCCCCAGCCUUCCCUCCUGGCUGUCGGGCCGGGCUGCCCUUCUCUGAAACCUGCUGCCCCUCCUCAGCUGAUGGGGCUCCUGCCUGGAAAUGUGUUCCCUGCUGCUUCUCCAGAGACCUCCUUCUCUCUGAGUCCUGCCCAGGGAUCCAGUAUGAUCAUCCACAAGGCCGUCCCCAGUAUGACCAGUCGUCCUCUUAUCACCCCGACCCUGCGAGCAGCAGCAGCAGCGCCGGGCAUCGUCCUGCAGCGUGCCCCGCUUCCCAUCCAACCCAAGCUGCCCAUCAGCAUUCAGCCCAGACUGGUUCAAAUUAGCCCCAAGCCUUCUGGGCAAAAACACCCUCCAGGUCUAACGUUUGUCCCUGGGACUGCCUCACCAAAUAUUUUACUCUCCCAACCUCCGGGCCAAAAGCCUGCAGCUCCGCCACCGCAGCCCACCCAGCAGCUCCCCAAACCAGUCAGUCUGCAGCUGGUCAACCAGGGCGGCUCCUUUGUGCUUCAGCCUCAGGGACUCUUCCAAGGCCAAAACCAGUUCCUUCUUCCAGGCCAGUGCCCUGUUACGAUCUCCCAGCCCGCCAGUGCAGCUCGACCACUGCUGACCCCCAGUCACCAAGGCCCGUCCGUCCACAGCCUGACUCCCUCCGCUGGGCAGCUGGUGGACGGCUCUCAGAUCCUAACUGUGCCCCAAAGACAGCUGAACUUCAGCCCUGUCUUCACCACCCCUACAGGGCAGCUAGCGCUCCGCCAGGCCACUGUGCUUUCAGGACCUUUGCAGCUACAGUCAGCGCCCCAGACCGUCUUCCAGAUGCCAGCACAGCUGGCUGGAACCUACACUCCAGGAGGACAGGGGCAGCGUGCCACCCUGGUCCACAGUCCUGCUCUUGGAAACCACAUUACCUUGAUCAACAGUUCAGGGGUGCUUCCCCCAGAUCUCACUUCCAUCUCUAUUGUUAACGGACACUCUGUAGUUCAGGGGCUGCCUUUUGCUGCCCAGGCCCCGGCCCCUCAGACAGGAAUGACAGAGGGACAGCUGAGCCUGCAGCAGGCCUCCGUGGUUCUGCUGCCAGAAAGAACCAUUCAAGAGGAGAGGACGAGCUCGGAGGAGACCUUCCACCAACUACCACAGUCCUAUGGACACGUUCUCCAGCAUGUGUCGGUGCAGCCCACCUCUGCAGGGCUGCAGUCCUCCUCUCCUCCUGUAGUUACAGUCCUGCAGCCUCCUCCUCCUCCUCCUGAACCACCUUUGGCCCCCGAUCCGGCUGUGGAGAUCCCCAAACUACUGAUGCCCCCAGCAGACCUGACCCAAGUAGUGGAGGAGGUGACCCACUCGAUGAGUCAGAACGAGGCCUUUAUGCAACAUCUGCAACAGCAAGCACUUAGUUCUCCCAUCACAUCUGACCUGUUGGCCGGAGCGCUGCCGGUGGUGCCGAUGGAGUCGCUCGCCUCCCCGGUCCCGAAUGAGAGAGACACCCAACCGCAGACCCGUGCAGUCUCCGGACAGGACGCCUGCACUGUGAUGUCUGACCAGUGUGUCGAGGCUUCUCCGCUUCAGUCGGACCCAGAGGACACACCGCUGAUCUGCUCCUCGCCCCCCAUCCAGGACGCCGAGAGACCGGCUGCCACAAGUUUCUCCCCUCUGGCCGGGCCUCAGAUUUCUCUGCCUGGACCUGAGAGUUCAGUCCCCCAGAUCACAGCUCCUCAGCCUCGCAUCGAGCCCCAAGUUCAGUACCAGCUUCCUCAUCAGCUCCAGGUCUCACAGACCUUAUUCGCCCAGAUCCAGCCAUCUGUUCCUCAGCCUUUGCCCCAGGUCCAGGCCCCGGCUCCUCAGCUACAGGUCCAGUCGUCUGUUUCCCAGCCUCCGUCUUCGGUCAACACCUCGGUGCACAGGAGUCCCUCCCCUCUGCGUGUCAGCAUCUCGGUGCCUCAGCAGCAGCCUGAUCCUUCAGCUGCUGGUCUCUCCAAAGGAGGAGACGCCUCUGCUGUCCAACAGCACACACAACACAAGCCAACAGCUGCCUUGGUCGUGGAGGGUAAAGCGUUUACCCUCGAUGUCCAUCCACCCUCUCCUGCAGUCCAGGGUGUCCAAGUUCACGGACCCCCAGCUCCAGGAGAGAGUGCCCCGGUCCAGACGAGCCAGCAGACCGGCACCAAGCUGGCAGCAGAGCAGAGGGAGGAGAGGCUCACACCAGCAUUGCGCCGGCACAGGUUCCAGCAGCAGAUCUGUUUGGACCACGGAGCGGUCCAGACCCCCUUCACCGGCCCGGCCUUUUCCACGCUGAAGGACGCUGUUAGACGCCUGCUGCCGUACCACACCUGUGCUGGUCACCUGCCCACUCAGGAUGACUUUGAUUUAGUGGACCAGGAGUUUGACUCCGUGUCCGGUUUCCUGCUGAAACGCACCAAGGACAUGGUCAACAAAUACAGGCAGCUACUGGUUAAAGAAACCCAGCAGGAGAGUCCGUCAGCGGAGAUGGUGAUGCUGGAGCGUCUCUUCCUGCAGGCGGAGCGCUGUGCUUUGGCCGAGGACAGACGGAGAGUCCGCAGAGAUCCAGAGUCGUUCAUGAUGGCCCUGGCUACAUCAGCGUCUUCCCCGCACGGCGCCCACUCCUCCGCUCCCUCCCACCUGCACUCCUCUCGCAGCCCCUCCUCUCCACCAGCCUGGACCAGACUGUCUGACCGGCCCCCGGGACUGAAGACGUACCGCUCCAGCUCCCGCGGGGCUCUCAGGCUCACCAUCAAGCAGGAGUCCGGCUCCCGUAAGGUGGUUCACAACUCCGCCUGCGAUCCGGGACUCAAGAGGGACCACAUGGGGCAGCUGACCAACGGCAGCAGCGGAGCUGUGAACGAACCACGCCACUCUCAGGCAGCCAACGGAGCACCCCAGCGUCCUCAGCAUGACGAGGAGAUCUCCAACGGAGCUCUGCCUUGUAACACCGCAGAGGAAGUCUCACAGACAGCGCCCAGUUCCAAAAUAAAAGCCCCAAAUCCUCUUUCUAUGCCAGAGCCACAGGCUGGUUGCUUCGAGUUGCCUCCCAGAGAUGUCAGUGCCCCGAAACUGAAAUGCUACAGGUUGGAUGCGUCUCCUCGGCCGGAGCAGCGGUUCAGCCCGCCUCCUCCUCCUCCUCCUCCUCCUCCCCUUCAAGAGGACAACAUGCUCAGUGAACAUCUACAGAGUGCCAUCGACAGCAUCCUGGAGCUUCAGCGCCUGCAGGGCCCCUCUGCAGCCCCGACCAGGGCCACGUCAGGCCCGUCACUGGACCAGGCUGUCACCAGCAUCCUGGAAGGACACCUGUGAGGUAACCUCACCUGUCUGACGUGGGAUGAAACAAAGAAAGGUGACUUCUUCUCUGCUCCCAGAGCUAACCGAGAUUUAGUCUCUGGAGUUUCAGAGAUUUCUUUUUAAGGGACCGAUUGUUUGAAAGAAGGAGGAGGAAAAAAAGAAGAGGCACUAUAAAGAGAUGCAUACCAGACAACAGCACUAUCUAUAGUCCGAUAGAUGUUAGAUACUUCAUUUCGAUGUACGUUUGUGGAAAAAAAAAAUCUAUUUGAAUAGGAGCUAUAUUGUUUCAGUGGUAGUUAAGUCAUUCAGAGGUUUACGACACUGGUGUAACCUUCAUCAGCAUAUAGUAUAUAAGUAAUAGUGAGGAUAACGAAAACGUGGAGUAGACUGAGAUUAUUCAAUAGUUUUUUAUAAGAUUUCUUUCACAGAUGUGAAGUUUCUUUUGCAUAGUGCCAAGCUUCCAGGGUAUUUAUUUUGAUAAUCUGUGCCAAUUGUGUUUUCAGAUGAGUUGCAUCGAGAAAGGCAGCGAGUGUGUGUGUGUGUGUGUGUGUGUGUGUGUGUGAGACGAGUGUGUUCAUUUGGGAAUAGUUUGUGUGGAUCUAAAAGAAAGAGAAAGUGUGUGUGUGUGUGUGAAAACAUUGCAUCCUGCGACGGGGACCGUGCAUACAAAACAAAAUACAAAAGAACCCUGCAGGCUCCAUCAUCUCGGCUUAUCGAAUGAAACUCCAAAGAAUUUGUGACUUGCUACAUCCUGAAUACACCAGCAAACGUCCAUGUUGUGUCUCUUCCCACAAACUGGAGUCCGUCCUCGUUUAAAGCAAAGAAAGAAAGAAAACACGAAACAGAAAUUAGGCGUGCGUUUGUUUGUUUUAUUAGGUUUGGACCCUUGUUGUCGUUCAUGCUGGAGUCUGACUGUGAAAUAUUUGUAGAAUGGUCUCUCAUAUUUAAUGUAUUAACAUGCAAGCAAUAAUGAGUUAGGGUUGUUAGGAGCAGUGGUGGUGCAGCGAGGAGGAGGAGGGAGAUCUUUGCCCGUCAUCGGAUGAAAACCAAGAUUGUUUUUCAGGAAGGAGAGAUGCUUAUUUCGUCAUCUGAGCCCGUGUCGUUCUGAAAUGAUGUUUGAGGGUCACGUAACGGCGUAAAUGAUCCAGUUUGAGAAAGAAAAACACCAAAACCGCGGCUGUUUCCCACAACACACUGUACAGAACUUGAGCCUCUCUGCAUCAUCAAACAGCCUUUGACCAAAAAAACUAGAAGAAUCGUCCGCUUCGCAUCUUCACAACUCUUUUAUUUAUGUAUUUAUUUAUUUAUUAAGUUAUUGGUUCAAAGCCCGCCGUGCUAAGCCAGCUUAGAAGAUUUAUUCUCACGCAGCCAUCGUGGAGCAAUAUGAUUUUUUUCUUGCAACAUCUUUACGUUAAUGUGACAAUCUUAUCGGUCUGUGUGAAAAAUGUGAAAACACAUGAGAGAGUAGAUGUCAUUCGUUUCAUCGGUUGUUCGACUCUCGCUCAUGAAACUUGUGCAAAAUAUUCUUUGUAGAUGGAUUUUACCGUGAAGGUUUAAAAAAAAAAAAAAAAAAGUCAAAGCUGCAAAAUGUUCUCUGAUUUUCUUGUAAUAUAAAUUGAAAACGUGCUUCAAAGAUUUUAGCUCUUGAAGAAUUGGAAACGUUUAGAAUAUGCCUUAUUGUUAAUUCAGUGUACCUUUAAGGAAUCUACAGAGAAAAGAUAAUUAAUGUGAUGUUUUAAAUACCGCUCUGUUCUGAAAUGUGAAAGUAACCUGUGCUUCAAAAAGAAAAAGAAAAAACAUCUUCCAGAGAUUUGGGGCUAAAUCAAACAGGCCUUCUCAUUUCUUGAAAUGAUUGUCAUUUUUUUUUUUUGGGAAAUAUGUCUGUAAAAGUGUCUUUUUGUUGGAAUGAACAAAAAGGAGUUAUAAUAUGCAGUAAUGUAGUGUUGAAAUCUGCAGUAGUCUGGGCGGACACACACUGAAGGAUUCGCCGCUCUCGUACAGCCAGGCUGGCUCUGUUACAAAGUCUGUUUCAGCACUUCUAAAGCUCACUGAUGAACACAACAUUUAAAAUCUGUGACACAGGAUUAUAUCAGUAACUAUUUAUUGGUGAAAGAAGCAGUAUGGUGUCGGGUGAUGGUUUGUAUCAGCUCGUUCUGCCGUGAUAUUACUGUUCUGGUUCACUCUCAUGUCAUUCUCAGUGAAAAAGGUCUUUAAGAAUACACCGUACACCGUCAGCUCAGCACCAAACAGCAGACAGGAGUUGGUGGAGACCAAAAAUGAGAGUGAAUGUUGGAUUUAUAUUCAUCAGUUUGACACAAACACGACUACAAAUGAAUGUUUUAUAACAAGUUCACCAGAUCAACCAUUAAUAAGGGUUAAUAAUAUGUUACAGCUGUGGUUAUAACUUGUUUCUGCUGCCACCAAGUGGCCAAAAAGGGUUACUGCAGGUUAAAAAUGUAAACGUUUGCCAGCACUUCAGUUUUUAUUUCUUUAACAAAAGGAGUUGUAACGUGUUCGUUAGUGAGCUGGUUGGUGGAUUGGCAGUAAUGUUACAGUCAAGACACGAGAGCGGUGUCAACUUUUGUCUUAACCAUCAGCAAAGCUGAGAACGCGAGUCAGCACGUUUCCCACAAUGUGAAUUUCUUCAACAGAGUUUGAAGACGUGAAGUCUUCGGUGUGUCUCCGCCCUCAGAGGUUUCACUGUAAUGCAGUAAAGAUGUCAGAGUGUCUUUCAUGAACAGGAUUGCACUCCUCGUCACCGCUCAACUUCUUAAAAAAGGAGGACGCUCCACCAAAAAUGUCGCUCGUGUUGAUCUCCUCUUUAAUAUUUCAGAGGAGAAGAACUUCACGUCAUCUUUGGUGGAGUCCCCUUUGGAACGAAGCAGCCUCAUGUGCCAUUGUUACCGUUGCAUUCUGUCCGCAGUGUCAAACACUGACCGUGCUUCGUUCUGUCAGCAUCUUAGGACAAAGUUUUACAUCUGCAUGUUGAGCCAUUUUGGUAUUUAUUUGUAAAUGUGUUCUCUUUUUUUUAUUUUUCUGACUGAACUGUGAAACCAGGGGAGCUCAUAACUCUACACGAAUUCAACUUCAGAUACAAAACAUUUGACUGACAGAUUGUUCUGAUGCCAAAAUCAAGAGGCCUUAAUUCAGCAAAACUAGAUUGUAAAAAAAAGUAAAGAAAGAAAAAAAAAAAGUCAUUCCUGACAGAAAAAAAAAAAAAUCCACCUGAAGACUCCUUUGACCUGAAAGUCACGAGUGAUUCAUAUAUGAAAUGUUAAGAAAAACGCUUUUCUACUCAUUUUUACAGACUAUUUAUUAAACUGUGAUUUUGUAAGAAAUAAAAACAAAAACAAAGUGUGUGAAGGUGUGUGUGUGAACAGACACAAACAUCAAUACAAACAUUACCUUUAUUUUAUAUCAUUCAUGAAUUAGGAAAACAAACAAAGAUUCAGGAUUUACAUCCAGGAAAAUAUCGACAGAGACGAAGCAGCUGUGAAGACAUUUAUCAGCCUUUGCAAAGGGGGCGUUUGGUUUCAAGGUUAAUACUCAGUCACAUUCGGAGUUGGCACCUUUUCUUCUUCUGUAGUUUGGGUUCUGUCAAAGACGUCGUAGUGAAACACUGUAAACUGAAACGAGCUCACGUCCCGACGCUGCGGCUCCGGGUCCGUGUCUGGGGAUUAAGAGGCACGUUAAAACACGAGCCAUGGAGGCGUCCCAAACAUCUGGAGACGCAGCGAGCGAAGCAUAAACAUCAGGAGCUUAAAAAUGAUCAACCGGCCAACUUCACUGUGGUUUAGUAUUCGUCUCCACCCGCCCCAAAGGCACCUUGGGACCAAACUCAUCUUUUCA